AACUACAGUCCCAACAACAACUAUCACUGCACCAACCACAACAACUGCUGCCCCAACAACAACUACUACUACUACUGCACCAACUACAACAACUGCUGCCCCAACAACAACAACAACAACAACUGCAGCCCCAACAACCGCAGCCCCAACAACAAUUACUACUGCACCAACUACAACAACUGCUGCACCAACUGCAGCCUCUUCAACUCAUGUCCCAACUACAACAACUGUAGCCCCCUCCACAACAACAACAACUGCCCAACCAACAACAACUGCAGCCACUAUUAUAACCGUGGACCCAAUGACAACAACAUCAGCAACACCCACUACAACAACUGCUGUGCAGACAACAACAGCUGGAUCUACAGCAACUACCGCAACAACUAAAACAACUGCUACCCCAACAACCACUACUACUGCCACAACAACAACAACUACAGUCUCAACAACAACAACUGCAGCCCCAACAACAACAACUGCAGCCCCAACAACAAUUACUACUGGACCAACUACAACAACUGCUGCACCAUCUGCAGCAUCUUCAACUGAUGUCCCAACUACAACAACUGCAGCCCCCUCCACAACAACAACAACUGCCCAACCAACAACAACUGCAGCCACUAUUACAACCAUGGACCCAAUGACAACUACAUCAGCAACACCCACUACAACAACUGCUGUGCAGACAACAACAGCUGGAUCUUCAGCAAUUACCGCAACAACUACAACAGCUGCUACCCUGACAACAACUGCUGCACCAACUACAGCAACUAGUGCCCAAAUGACGGCAACUAGUGCCCCAACAAAUGCUGCAACACCUAAUGCCACAACAAUAAUAAAUGCAAUCCAGACAACAACUGUUGCUCAAGGUACAACAAGUGCUGCCUCAACUGCAACAAAUUUGGCCUCAACAACAACUGCAAUUCUGACAACCACUGCAGAACCAAUUACAGAAACUGCUGCCACAACAACUGCAAUCCCAACAACAAAAAACGUAUUUCGAACUACAACAACUGCAGUUUUGACAUCAACAACUGCUGCGCGAACUGAUGGUGCAGAAACAACGACAACAACAACCUCUUCCCAAGCAACAACACUCUCCAACUCAGCAGCGCAAGCAGACACUACUACAACUACUGCCAGUAACGCCUGUUGUGUUGGAAUGGGAUUGGUCCACAUGUUGAUCGGACUCCUUGUCUUUACUCUGUUUUAGAACUAAAAUGACCUUUGAAGCCACCUCGUGACUUAAGCGAGGCCCUUCUGAAGCCUGGUCUCAUCUUCAUGCAACGCACUGAAAAAGUAACGGUGAACUUAUUUCCUGAAAUGUAUUCCAGUAUUUUCUGUUCUUGUGAAAGUUCUUGGGGAAGUUCAAAGAGCAAUAUGAGCUCUAUGUGAUUGAAAAUAACGGAUAAUGUAUGUUUUUGGUCUUAUUUCAUUGUUUAUUUGUGUAUUUAUUUAUUGCUUUGUUUAAGACUUUAUUAAUGGUGAAAAUGUGGAAAAACAUUUUAUGUGGAUGCUGGUUUUGUACGGCAGCAAAAUAUGGACAUUUUGUGUUAUUACAUAAUAAGGAAAUAUUUACCGCUUUAUGUUGUCUUGGGUUUCCCAAAAAGUUAUUCACAAAUAAAAACAUUUUGUUAUCCUUGCCAUUACUAAUGUUUUGGGGGAAUAAGAGGUAAUAACGCUGCAAUAAACUCAGUUUCACUAUCAUCACAGCAAACGUUUAUUCCACAAAUCACACAUACUAUCCACACCACUAACAAACAGGGAAACAGAACUUCUUUGGCUUCAAACCGUCUGAUAGGAAACUUGCCACUGACUUUAAGAAAAGUAGAGAUGUUUGCUCCGAGCAAAAUUUGGUUUUGCCACGAGAAUUGAAUUAAAUGGUUUAUUCCAACAAAGUCCGGUUGCAAAGGGCGUUCAGUUUGUCCCUCUAUCAGACCUUUGGUCGGAUUUGACAGAAACAUUUAGUCCCCCUGCAUCACCAUUUACAAUCAGUCAAAUACUUCCAGAAUUUCCAGUCAGGCUCUUUUCCAGAAACCUCUGCAGAAAAUGAGAGUAGACGGAAGAUGCAAUGUUUGCACUCUCUUGUGGCUGGGGCAGGUUAUUGUCUCUAUCUUGGAUUCCAGCCAAAGCAUCUUGUGGGUGUGACCGUGUCCCAUUGACAGAGGCUGGCGCUUGUCAAGCUGAGAUGAGAGCAGCUUGACAGCUUGGCAGCUUCUGAGCGUUAAGGAUCAAACCUGCCGUCUCUGGUGGGUGAUUGAGUUUUUACUCAACCCUGACUCUGGUUGUUUGUAAGUUAAUAAAAGGGACAACCCCCCAAGAGCUAUAUGGAGUGAUUUUCAGUGUAAUUCACAUGCUGCUACCUAGAGGAUUAAAUGAAAAUCUGUUUUAUCUUCCAAGUACCCAGAAACUAGAAGCAGCAAUUAAUGCGUUCACUUCAUCCCGGUUAGAAUUUGGCCUGGGCCAACAAAACAUCCAUUAACUCCAGCUGAUCCAAAAGGCUGCAGCCACACUCAUAACCAGGUCCAACAGUGAGGAGCACAUUUCACCCGCUUUAUUAUCACUUCAUUGGCUCCAAGUCCGUUUUAGAAAUUUAUAUUUUAAAAUUUGCAUUGACUGCUUUUAAAGCUGGGCUAGGGUUAGAAUGAGCUGAACUCCUGAUCCUCUGGUAGUUCAUUCAUGGCCGGUCCUUGACAUUACCUUCAAACUAAAAAGGGGAGACCAGGCCUUUUCUGUUCAAGUAAGCAAAAACACUGUCUUCUCUAAAGUCACUUGAAAAAAACCUCUAUAUCAGACUUGCUUUGUUUUUUCAGUCUUUGUUGCUUCUCAAUGAAAAUGUUGCAUCUCAAUGAAAUGUCCCUUAUCUCUGAGAGAAUAUCUUCAGCAUUCCAUACAGGGUCUGCAAGUCAUGACCAAAGCCGGGAAUUCAGUUCCAUCACAAACAGCAUUAAUAGGCAGUUAAGUCUUUAUUUAAUUUACUUUUAAAAACCUCUCCUUGCCUGCUGUAGGCAGAACUAAUGGUUAUUAUAAAGAGAAGUAUAUACCUGGGAAUUUAAUGAAGGAUGUAAAUAGAUUUUUAUUAAAAGGGUAAAUUGCUCUGAAAUUUAUAAUGUGUGUAUUGUAUAAUUGAUGGAACAGUGUUGACUGCAGGGCAGAUGAGUCACCAGGGAAAUUUAUUGAUAUAGACCCAUAUACCGCUUUUUUUCUCUUCAGUUGAAUUCUUCUAUGUUCAAAGUCAUUUAGUUUUACAGUUAAAAUCAUGAAUAUAUUAAUGUUUGUCCCAGGUAUGUUUUUUACUAGCAAAUCAUUCUCAUGUGGGCCUCAUCAUAUAGUAAAUGGAUCUAAUCAUGAUCAUUUCAUGAUCAGAUCUUUCUGCCUUUUGACAGUCAAAAACCCUAACCCAGUGCCCUAACCCCACAAGUUGUAGCUAUACUGUCAUUGACUUGCAAUAUGAUUUGAACAUUGCAUCUGCACUGUGUAACUGUCAUGAGCUCGUGUUUUCAUUUCCUGUUAUAUUUUGAAGUAGUUCCUUGUGUUUCCGCACUUCCUGUUUCCCUGUCUUUUGUCUGUUUUCUUUACUUUGCCUGUGU